AUGAAGUCCAACAGGGGUUUGCCGGUAAUGUGGUUAGGAGGGUUUAUUACCCUUUGUCUCACGGGGUCCAUGCUAUUUGACCUUGUCAAGGCCGAUUCGACGACGCCUGACACCUGUUCGGGUGAUUUUCCUGAAGUCAGGGAAUUCUUCCAGCGGGAAGGUGAACUUUUGCGACAACGUCGCCGUGAAGAAUUUUUGGCCGCCUGGGAAUACAACACCAAUGUGACCGAAGAGAAUCGCUUAAAUAUGAUAGCGGUUAGUGCCCGUAAUGCUGUGGAGAAUCUCAAGGCAGCCCAGUUGGUGCGACAGAAGCAUUAUAGGGAUCUAAGUGAUCCAUGCCUUAAGCGGUUGGCAGAAUAUGCUGGUGAAAUUGGUGCGGAAAUUUUAAGUCCCGAAGAUCUGAAUGUUCUGCUGAAUGCUGUUAGUAGCAUGCAAUCGAAUUAUGCCAGUACGAAGGUGUGUUCCUAUAAGGAUCCUAAGGAUUGUAGUUUGACGCUGGAGCCCCAUGUACAGGAACGGCUUUCGAAAAGUCGUGAUCCUAAAGAGCUGGCUCAUUACUGGAAGGAAUGGUAUGAUAAGGCCGGAACCCCCAUGCGAGAUAAUUUUGCCAAGUAUGUGGAAUUGAGCAACAAGGCAGCUAAGCUGAAUAACUUUACCUCCGCCGCUGAAUAUUGGAUUCACAUGUAUGAAGAUCCUGAAUUUGAAAAAAAUCUCGAUAGUGUCUACCAGGCAAUUCUGCCCCUCUACCGCGAGUUGCAUGGCUAUGUACGUCAACGUUUAUCUCAACAUUAUGGCAAGGAGGUGGUUUCACCCAAUGGCAAUUUACCCAUGCAUCUAUUGGGUAAUAUGUGGGGUCAACAAUGGGAUGAAAUUAUUGAUCUACUCAAACCUUAUCCGAAUAAGGAAUUCGUCGAUGUCACCUCAGAGAUGAAGAAACAAAAAUAUACCGUUGAGAAAUUAUUUGAAUUGGGUGAUGAAUUUUUCAAGUCGCUCGGCAUGAGCGCCCUCCCUCAAUCAUUUUGGAAUUUAAGUGUCAUUGAGAAACCCGCAGAUCGUACCAUUGUGUGUCAUGCCUCAGCAUGGGAUUUCUUUCAGGAUAGUGAUGUACGCAUUAAAAUGUGUACCGAAGUGGAUACCCACUAUUUGUAUGUGGUACAUCAUGAGCUGGGUCAUAUUCAAUAUUAUUUACAAUAUGAAAAGCAACCAACGGUGUUUAGAGGUGCUCCCAAUCCAGGGUUCCAUGAGGCUGUGGGUGAUGUCAUUGCCCUGUCCGUGUCAUCGGCUAAACAUUUAAAUACCAUAGGACUAUCUCCCGAAACGGAACUGGAUGAGGAGAGCCGCAUUAAUGAAUUGUUUAGAACGUCCCUUAAGAAAAUCGUCUUCCUACCCUUUGCCUAUACCAUGGACAAAUAUCGUUAUGCCGUAUUCCGCAAUGAAAUCGAUGAACACAAUUGGAAUUGUGCCUUUUGGCAAAUGCGUUCCGAGUACACGGGUAUUGAACCUCCCGUCUAUCGUAAUGAUAGUGAUUUCGAUCCACCCGCCAAAUAUCAUGUCUCGGCUGAUGUAGAAUAUUUACGUUACUUUGCUGCCCAUAUUUUCCAAUUCCAGUUCCAUAAGGCAAUGUGCACCAAGGCUGGGCAAUAUGUAAAGGGUGAUCGGGAGAAGACUUUGGAUAAUUGUGAUAUUUAUAAGAGCAAGGAGGCGGGUAGUGCAUUUAGCCGCUUUUUAUCUGCUGGAGCCUCACGCCACUGGACUGAGGUCCUCAAGGAAUUUACCGGUGAUAGUACCAUGGAUCCUUCGGCUUUGUUGGAGUAUUUUGAACCAUUGCGUGUAUGGCUUAAGGAGGAAAAUCGUAAACAAAAUGUUCCCGUUGGAUGGGGUCUUACUGAUAAUCUAUCAGAAAAAGACAUGGUGAGUGGUAUGAAAUUGAGUGAUUCGUUGGUUGUAGAUCCCUGUAAGACAUGCAUGGCUGAAAAGAUUCAUGUGACACCGUUUCCUAAACAUGAUGAAUAG